AAACUCUGAGCCCCCUUUUUUGUUUGCAUGCAGGAGAGUCUCGACACCAUGACACGUAACUCGACGACGACGACGACAACGACGACGGGCAAUGGCUCGCCCGCCCAGGAAGGCGCCCCGGGCAGUGCCGCCCCCAUCGCCAUCGUCGGAAUGAGCUGCAGAUUUGCCGGCGACGCCACAAGCCCGUCCAAGCUAUGGGAUCUUUGCGCCAAAGCCGGAGACGCGUGGUCACCGGUGCCCCACGAGCGCUUCGACUCCGCCGGUCUGUACGAUAAGCGGAAAGCAACGCGCGGCCGGUUCGCGGUUCAGGGCGGCUACUUUCUCAAAGACAUUGCGCUGUUCGACUCGGCGUUUUACAACUACACCACCGACACAGCAAAUGCCAUGGACCCCCAGAUCCGCAUGCUCCUCGAGAGCGUGUACGAGAGCAUGGAAGACGCCGGGAUCCCGAUCCAGACCCUGGCCGGGUCCAACACGUCCGUGUACGCGGGCAGCUUCAGCACCGACUACUCGGACAUAUCGCUCAAGGACCCGUACAUCAUGCACGAGACGUACAAGACGGGCAACGGCAUCGCUAUGCUGUCUAACCGCAUCUCACACUUCUACGACUUCCAGGGCCCCAGCAUGACCAUCGAUGUGGGCUGCUCAACCAGCCUGACCGCCCUGCAUCAGGCCGUGCAGUCGCUGCGGUCCGGCGAGAGUGACCACGCCGUCGUCGGCUCGUCGCUCAUCUGCCUGUCUCCCGACAUGUUUAUCGCCAUGGCGAACUCGAGGUAAUUACAGCAGCUAGUCUCUCAUCAUGGGACAUCUACUCACCGCGGUGUCUCGUUAUCUAGUGUCCUCGGCCCGACAGGUAAGUGCUUCGCCUGGGACGAGCGCGCCGAAGGCUACGGCCGCGGCGAGGGCGUGGCGUCCAUCCUCCUCAAGCCGCUCGCGGCGGCGCUGCGCGACGGCG